UGAAGGGUUUGUGCAGGCAGAACCAGCUUUAAUGAUAAAAAAGUACUUUGGGCUUGGUGACAUUGGAAAAUAAUCAAAGAAAAAAAUCUAAAUCCAUGGUGCUUUUAAACGGAUCGCUCGUUGAAGUAUGGGCUGACAACAAUCCCAGAAAUCAGUGCCACAAUGAAUUAGGAUGAUGUUGACUGCUUCCUGGCUUGGCUUUUCUUCAGCUGUGUCCCAACUCCCUCAGCAAAACACACCGUAGAUCACUGCAAAGAAAUUGCCAUUCAAUGAAACAGCAUAUGCCUACAUCCAGUAACCAUGGUUUCAGAAGCAGAAGUUGAAAUACACAGUCUACCAAAGGAUUUUGUGCUGUUUCCAGCAGCAAGAGCCUCUGUGAGGAAGGCAAUUACAUGGAACCAGAAAGAUGAAUAAAAAUAAACUGAUCCAUGAUUUCCUGGAGGUAGUUUCAGGAGGUGAUGUGGAACUCAUCUGUGACCAUAUUUCUAAAGUCCAUCCCAUCCUUGGAAACCUUGACUUUCAGCACCCAAAGACUGGGAAUACACCUCUCAUCACUGCAGCAGAAGAAAAUCUAACAGAGGUUGUUGGAUUUCUUCUGGAAAAAGGAGCAGAUAUCACCCUUUGCAAUUACAGCAACCAAACUGCAGUCCACGUAGCUAAUUGUGAUGUCCAAAGACAGCUCCUCUUGGCCAUUGAUGGAAUUCAGGCUCCCCAAAUGAAACUUCUACAAAGUUCAUGGCAAGGUGAUCUCCAACAACUUCGACACUUGCUGGUAUCUGAAAAGUUCUUGGAUAUAAAUUUCCCAAAUCAACAUGGCUUAACCCCUCUGAUGCUGGCUGUGAGAGACGUGGACCUGUUUGAGGGUCUCGACAUGUUAACCGUUUACAGACCUGUGGAGGUUCUAGCUGAGCUCCUCAGGCAUCGCGCAGAUCCUAAACUCUGUGAUUUUAGUGGGAAAUCAGCAAUACAUUAUGUGUCACAAAUAAAGAGUUUGAGGAAGCAGCAAUUAUUGGACAUUCUGAUGAAUUCUAUGCCAAAACCAGAAAGACAUGCUGAAUCAUUGCUUGACAUUUGUCAUGAUACAAACUCUUCUCCAGCUGAUAUGAUGACAGUUACCAAAAAUCAAAACAUAAUCUUACAAACUCUCAGCAGCAGUGAGGAGCUUGACCAAGAUGGUGUCUGCAAUAAUUCCAUAUUGGUUAGUGAAGAAGGAGAUCAGAGUGGCGAUGUACAAGACUGGCAACCCGGGACAGAAGGUGCUGAGAUUAUUGUUACUUUUCCAAGAGAUGUUGGUCAGCCCCAAGAAAUGAGUCAAGAAGAUUUCAAAGAAAACAAUCAGAUAAUCUCAGGGCAUCAAGAAUGGACAGGAGCACGUUCUGUUUCUCCUCAAAGUGAAAUUGAGAUGGUGGACCUCAGGACAAAGUCACCGACCACACAGUCUUUCCUCCGGAAGAAAGAAGAAAGUUCCAAGUUGCUCUGUGAUGUGAGCUUGGGUUUUUUGUUGCCAAGACCUUGCUUAGAACCAAACAUCUCCAAGUCUGUAAUCAGAGAAGAUGCUCCUAACUUUCUGACAGGGCAGCGAAGAAACUCUGAAGAGGUUUCUGCCUCUGAUAUGACUUGCAGUAGCCGAAGAAUCGAGUUCCCUCUGCCACCAUUGUCACACCUGCCCAUGAGAUCUGCUCUCCUCACUGUCCCCCAAAACCACAAAAUUCAAAAGGAGAGAGAAAGAAACAUUUCAAGCCUCAUAUCCUUUAUCCCUAAGCUCUUAGAGCCCAUUAGUCAAUCUGAGGAGUUUAGACCAUCAAACAAGCAGCAGGAAGCCACAUAUAAGAUGUUUGCAGAUCAGACCCUCAGGUCUUCUGAUAGCUCCAUUUGGUCCAGAAACAUGUGCCCUUUUCGGAAGGCUAACCACCACAGAGAACCCCGGGAAAGGGACGAGAACUGGAAAUCCAAGGAAUCAGAAAGAAAUGAUAAAAUUGAAAUCUCUCACUUUGCAAAAGGACAGCCUUUCAUGUCCUUUGAGAAUUUUAAGGGAGGCAAUAUUCCUACAGAGAGGGAAGAGUCUACUGAUUGCCAUGGUAGUGAAAUGAGAAAAGCAGAAGAGAGCUCUCAAUAUCUUUCAUCAAGAAAGAAAGAGAAUUCAAUGGCCAGAAACUGUGAACAAUACUCAGAAAUUGUAUGUGCCAUCCCAAACAAGCUCCAAGUGACCCAGCAUUCAGAAAUAACUCCAAGCCAGGAUGAAGACACUAGAAAUGAUAAAGCUGAUUCAAAAAGUGCUUCAGUGCAUGAAGGUGAAGCAAUUCUGCCAAAUCAUAUUUUAGAAGAGUAUCCUGUACUUAAAAGCUUGUCCAACAAAGACCCUGAUGGCUCCAUUGAGAAACUCUCAGAAAGUCAUGGUGGCAUGGAGAAAAACAUAAAAAUAUCAAUAGGAGAAGCAACCAAACCAGAAGUGACUGAGAUGGUGCCUCUUAUCCAUAUCAUUUUCCCUGGAGAUGGGACCCCCAAGGAACCAGCCGUGGCCAAACCAAGUCUUCAAAAAAGAAAGAGUACCCACCAUAAUAACAACAAUAGCUUCAACAUACUUGCACAGCAUGAAAAUGACAAGCAUAAGAUGAAAACCUAUAGAAAUAAGUUGGAUUCGAAGACCAAGAUAAGUAACAGGACACCUCAGAAUAUCAUGACUUCCAUGGAAGGUUCGUUUAAGCCUACUAUGCAUAAAACCAGCCUAAAAACUCAAGUUUUCCCUGCCUUGGAGCUUGUUGACUCUAGGCCUCAGCAAUCACCCAAGUUUCAAAGGAGGAUGCCACAGAUAGAAAAGAAGCAAUCAACUUACCGGAUUCUGAAACCUAAAAGGCCAUCAUUUCCUUGUAUCUGUAAAACUCCUGGAAUAAAAAAGUCUCACGUUCCUCUUUCUGUUCAACCAACAGAGCCGAAUCUAAAUUGCCUAGAUCUUAAAUAUAGUGAUAUGUUCAAAGAAAUCAACUCAACUGGUAACGGACCUGUAAUCUAUGAAAUGUUUGGGACUCCAGUUUAUUGUCAUGUGCGAGAGGCUGGACGACAUGAAAACAAGUAUUACCAUGAGAUAUGCUCAGCUCCAUCUGGCAGAUGUAUCUCCAACAAAUGUCGGUCUUCACACAGUGAUAGGAGCAGCAAUAGCAGAGCAAGACUGUCUCAGAAAAGACCACAUAUUAAACCCCCAAAGACUCUGCUUGGCAUUAAACAAAAGCAUAAAAGUUUAAUUUCUAAAGAAAAGGGUUACAAGCUUAUAGCUAGUAACCUAGAAGACAUUGAAAAUGAUAUUUCAGAACAAGACUGGCAGGUAAAGUCUUCAGGAAACGACUUUCUUUCUUUCAAAGAUGAAGUUCAGCCCAUGAGUUUGGCUGAAUCUCCAAAGCAGGCCAUUGAUCAGAAUGCAUUCCUUCCUGUCUCAGAUUUGUCCAUUGUUGAAGAGGUCUCUAUAGGACAGUAUGCCAAUGAUGGAGAUGUUUCUGACAAUCAAAUACUUGCCACAAGCCUCAGAGAUCUGCAUGAACUUGAAGAGCUGCAUCACCAGAUCCCACUUGUCCUUUCAAAAAACAGCUGGGCAUUGCCCAGUGAGAAGAUUUCCUACAAGCAUCUACUGCAAGACAAACAGAAUACAGGAUGUCUUGGUAAUUUGAACACCAAUCAAAUACUAUCUAAGGAUCUAGGGUUUGAUAGUGUUUCAGAUAAGUCUAACACACUCGUGAGUUUCUCUUUCCAAGAGAAACAAGAAAGUGCAUCUUACCAAAUAUAUCAAAACUGGAUACAUUCUUUGGACCAUGAUAGUUUAGCAAGUAAGUCAUAUCACACUCUUGGAGAAACUUUAAAUGCUGCAGAUUCAAUUUCUAAAGAAAUUCUGGACUCUGUAAAGAAUGAGGAAUUGACAGAUGAACUGUUAGGUUGUCUAGCUGCAGAACUAUUAGCUCUUGAUGAGAAAGAUAACAACUCUCGCCAAAUUGUGGCAAAUGAAACGGAACAUGAAAACCUAAAUCUUGAUCUUGGUGGGAGAGGAAAUGCCACACGAGAAAUGGGCAGAGAGACAACAAAUGUCAAAAUACAGAGGUGUAGUAACGGGUGCAGGAUAUAUGACAGGGAGGAGAAAUUUCUCAACUCAAAUGAAAAGAAGACAUUUUCUGAAAAUAGUUUAAAGUACGAGGAGCCCAUCUUGUGGACCAAGGGUGAGAUCCUUGGGAAGGGAGCCUAUGGCACAGUGUACUGUGGUCUUACUAGCCAGGGGCAGUUAAUAGCUGUCAAACAGGUGGCUUUGGAUACCUCUGAUAAAUUAGCUACCGAAAAAGAAUACCGGAAACUGCAGGAAGAAGUAGAUUUAUUGAAAGUCCUGAAACACAUCAACAUUGUGGCCUAUCUGGGGACGUGCUUGGAAGAGAACAUUGUAAGCAUUUUCAUGGAGUUCGUUCCCGGUGGCUCGAUCUCUAGUAUUAUAAAUCGUUUUGGGCCAUUGCCUGAGAUGGUGUUCUGUAAAUAUACAAAACAGAUUCUGCAGGGUGUUGCUUAUCUCCAUGAGAACUGUGUGGUACAUCGAGACAUCAAAGGAAAUAAUGUCAUGCUCAUGCCAACAGGAAUAAUAAAGCUGAUCGACUUUGGCUGUGCCAAGCGUUUGGCCUGGGCAGGCUUAAAUGGCACUCACAGUGACAUGCUUAAGUCCAUGCACGGGACUCCAUAUUGGAUGGCCCCAGAAGUCAUCAACGGGUCUGGCUACGGAAGGAAGUCUGACAUCUGGAGCACAGGCUGCACCGUGUUUGAGAUGGCCACCGGGAAGCCCCCGCUGGCUUCCAUGGACAGGAUGGCAGCCAUGUUUUACAUCGGAGCACACCGAGGGCUGAUGCCCCCCCUACCAGACCACUUCUCAGAAGACGCGGCAGACUUCGUGCACAUGUGCCUAACGAGGGAUCAACAUGAACGACCUUCUGCUCUUGAGCUCCUGAAGCACUCCUUCUUGAAAAGAAGUCACUGAGCACACAUCGAGACUUUCUUCCCAGCUCCAGCGUAGACAUUUUGUUACUGCUUCAUUGUGGGGAAUGAUGGUUAAGGCAACUUUGUUUUCCUAUUGGAACUUUACUCUAAUUCCACUUAACCAGAUCCUGCAUUGUCACUAACUUAAAGUUUUAGUUACACAUUAGUCUCCUCAGGCUUCAGGCAAGAAGUAUAAGAGGAGAAACUUUUCUUCAGCCUCUUCCAGUGUUUACAGUUUUGACUGUCCAAGAAAUAUAUUCUCUAUUACUUUAUAUGAUCAUUUCCUUUUAUAUUUGGCCUAUCAAUUUUAAUGUCAUUAGUUUAAAAUAAAUUGUAAAAACAACUUGUAUUUUCUUGCUUGGUGAGAAAAGACUAUUAAUUCUUGCAAAGGUGACUAGAAGCUGAGAAGUUAAAAGGGGUAGAGAAAGGCUAGUCACAGCUUCUUUUGGUGACAAUUUCUAGGAGCCUCAAGGUUGAACAGGAGUUAGCCAAGGGCCAUUAGAGGGGCAUGACAUUUCAUCGUCAGAGGGUCCCUCAACUCCUUAGAAGUCUGUACAGACAAGAAAGAAGUUGGGCUAGUUUCAAGUGGCUUGGAAAACCUGGGACUCCUUUGCCUGUGAUUUACUUAUAGUAUGA